CGCUUCGCGCGCACAUUACUUCACGCCUGUGUAAUGCAUACAACUAUGAACUAAGGUUGAGUAGAAUUUUAAGCCAAGGAUUUAUGUUGAAAAUGGCUUCCCAGAGUAGUCAAGAAAGUGUUGGUUCCAGACAGGGAAAAGUUACCACAAUUGUCCCUGAGAGGUCGCGGUUUCCAUCCAGAAGACGACUGGCGAAGAGGCAAACCACCUUACGAGCAUUCACAUUUGUCCGAGAUUGGGAUGUGAGACAGUCACCGUUAGCAUCGGUCCAUAGCCAGCCAGCCGACAAGUCGGAGGAUUCAGCCAGCCCUGCCCGUAGUUCUGUCACCAUCUCACCAUCUCCCCAACUUAGCAGUCAGGCUGCUUCCUUGUCUACGUCUGGUAGACCUAGAGUGAGUCCAGGUCCCAUCAUCAUAGCCAGUCCCUCCUCCAGGACUCGCUCUGGCUCCACCCAGAAAAGACCACCAUCCUCGCAUCGCACAACUCGUCAUGGUUUGGCUUCCACCUCUGCUGGAGGUCAUGCAACUGCCCAAUCAGGAGAGAGCAUGAUGCAAUCAUCCACAGUGGGCAGGGCCACCCUCUCUGAACCCACUGGUCCAUCAGCGACUUCUACCCCGGCUUCGGGGGAUCCGGGCCCGUCAAGCGAGGGUGCUUCACAGAUGUCUCUGGAUGAGGACAGCUCCCUGACUACAUCUGCUCAGACGGGCCCACCCACCGGUCACUCCAGUCCCAUCACCGAUGGCUCAAGACCGACAGUCACCUCUGAACUUGCUUCUCAGGAGAGACCGGUUAUCGCAGCCAAUCCGUUAGUGAUGGACAGCCCGACAGCCAGUUCCACCCUUUCGCAGCCGGUCAGUUCCAGCCCAGCCCUGUCCAUUCAGAAUUUAGGUCAGAGACCUUCAGACAUGCCAAGUGUCCAAUGGAGAGUAGACCACAGUCAAUUCACCACACCAGGUGAAAAAUCAAUGAGCAUCAUUGCAAAAACACCAAAGAGUGGCCCAGUUGCCAGACACGUAACUUCCAGAAGACGUAAGCUGUCCCCACCACCAGAGGGCGACAGACAACAGUCGAUAAUAGCGCCGGGAACCAAGAAAGCAAAAGUGCGUCUUUGGGCUGGUAAUGGUCGCCGUCGCCUAGCAACUGAUGUAACUGAUUUAGAUAUGGUGUUGAGUACGCUGGAAGACGUGAUAGUUGAUUACAAACAGAAAUUGGAGUCUGCAUCCCAGAAGCGGGCAUUGACCAAGUUCUUCUACCUUAUGAAGAAGGAACUGACUAACAAGAUUGACCUAGGUCAGGAGUACAAAGUCUUGAAGAGCGGCUUGACCCGCAUGACGGCAACCAUGAGAAAACAACGGAGGAAACUGUUGUUACUGCAGCAGGAGAAUGCAAGACUCAACAGUCGUAUCAGAGAGCUAAAGGACAGUGCCAUGAACAAGAGAGACAAGAGCCAGGAGAUGGCGGAGAUCAGCACGUUCUUGGGUGACUUACAGCAAUUUCAUCAGGACAACAUAGAACCUACGAGUGGAGACAAGGGCGAAGCCCAGCUGGAGUUCAGCAGCCAGAAUAUUGGCCCUCUAUUGGCCAGUGGCCAGGCAUCUUCAAGAUCGGAAUAUAACCUGAGGUCAGUGAAUGACAAGCUACAGCAAUGGCUGGACACUCAUUAGUGGCCUGUAGUAGCCAGAACAAGGGACCUCUACUGACCAGUGCCCUAGCAUCUUUGAGAUCUGUGUCGUAUCUUAUUCCCUUGGAUGAAAAUGUGCAGAAACGACUGGACUCAUCACUGGCCUGUAGUAGCCAGUGUGAUGGCCUUCUACUGACCAGUGACCAAGCAUCUUUGAGAUCUGUGUCGUAUCUUAUUCCCUUGAAUGAAAACGUACAGAAACGGCUUGACUCAUCGGCUUGUAGUAGCCAGUGUGAUGGCCUCCUACUGACCAGUGCCCAAGCAUCUUUGAGAUCUGUGUGUAAUCU